AUGCACAAGCGCGCCUUCCAGCCCUCACAUAGUCGGUCUUCGUGCUGUCUUCACCUCCGGCUAGUCGGCCGUAAGUACUCUCGUGUUGCUGCCUAUUGCUGCGUCUUGCCUCGUCCCGCCCCACCCUGCUCCGACCUGCUCCGUUCUACACCGUCCUACUUCGUCGUGUUUUGCAUCGCCCUGCCUCGUCUCAUAAAAGUCAGGCCGCCGAGACGCCAAUGUCACCGGUGGACCGACCGGCUGACAGGGUCACUGUGGCCUCGUGUCGAGUCAGUGUGGCCAGGGCGGAUAGCGGAGGAGACAAGCGGCGGUGCUGAACCCUGA